UCUUUCCAUAAAAGCGAAAAAAUAAUUGGCUACCUCGCCACGCGUAACGCGUUGACGCGUGCUGUGUGCAUUGAGCAUUAGUAUACACUUCUUGAACUAGUGCAACUAGUGCAGGAACAGAAAACAAACCUCUUCUUAUACUCUUGGUUGCACUUGAUUGUGCGUAUUUUCUAUUAGGUAAGCUACGUAUUUCAAGAGUUAAAUUUAUAUGUAAUAUACUAAAUUUAAAUAUGUGAACAUAUAAAUGCUUCUGAUACGCUACGAAUCAAAAGAUUAGUUUCCAAUCAUGGAGCAAUACGUUAUUGUGGAAUUCAGUGAUGGAUUACAAAUGAUACCUUCUUGUUGGAUAACGGAAGAUAAGAAACAUGCAUAUUGGCCAACAUUCUCCAGCAAUGAAAAAUUUAGAAAAUCGGUACAAAAAUCUAUUUCAAAAAUGGAAAAUUGGCCACUGCAUGAGAUAAAAAAACUUUAGGCAACUGCAGGUAUGAAAAAGUUAAAGAAAGUAGAAUUUAUAUCGGAUGUUAAUUCAGAAAGCGAAGAUUAUGAAAUUUCCAGAAAGAGAGAAAGAAUAGAGCGAAGACUAUUAUGAGUAGUGAAGAAAGCUUCAACGAAGACGAAAAAUAUGUUUGUUUACCAUCUUAUCCAAAACUUCCACAAAGAAAAAAUCUUACUUAUUCUGAAAAUAAAACUAAAACAUAUAAAACAACAUAUAAAAGCAAAAACAUAUUAAAGCAGAUGGAUUGUGAAAAUAAUAACACUCAAGCAAUAAAUGUGUCAAGACAUUCAAAUAUUGAAAAAGUUAAUACGGUGCAUGAUGAAAACGAUAUAAAGGAAAAAGAUUAUGAAGGAAAAACAUUCUUUGAUCUAGAAAAUUUUGAAACUGUUAAUACUUCAUCGACUGAUAUUCAACGAUAUAUUGUACGAAAAUUAUUGGAUAUAGAUUUUAAAGUUGGAACAGUAUAUGAGCAACAGAAAGCUAUAAAAGCUAAAUUAGAUGAUAUGCAAAAGUGUAUUCAGACUUUAAUAUUGGAAGAUAAAGCGAAAAAGAAAGUAAUUGAAAUGAAAUAUAUGAAAAAUUUUCCAUUGAAAUCAUUAGAAGAAUUAACAGAAUUUGAAAAAUUAUUACAGGAGAAUAAAAUUGAUCAUAAUGCAUUGAUCAUGCAAGUAUCACGAGUAGGUGGAACAGAUAAUAAAUCUUUAACGCUGAAUAUUUUAAGAAAAACUAUAAGUGAUUCAGUCGCGACUAUAUUUAGUUAUGUUGGUGGAAAAUAAAACGUUCCUUCUUCGAUUUACGUUUACGCAGUAUUAUAUUUGGUGCUGUUCGAUUUUACUUCCCUGAAGCAACUGAAUUGGCUAUUUCAAUGCCUAUAAGGUCCUGGUUAAGACAUGCAACUGAACGCCGUAUAAAGAAACAAAACUUCAAUAAAACAAAUAUGGAACAAGAUGACCAAGCAGAUACUUCGUUGGAUUAAAUUGAAGUUUUUCAUAACGGUUAUAUAUAUAUAUAUAUAUAUAUAUAUAUAUAUAUGUGUGUAUAUAUAUAUGUAUAAUAUUUAAUAUAUACUUAUAUAUUUAGUUAAAAAUAACGACUACGUUUAGAGUGCAAAAAAAAAAACAACUUUGCAACCGUUGUAAAAUUCUUUGAUACGAUUAAUCCUUGCUCUUUCUGUCUAAAUGUAUAAUCAUUUAUAUUAAAGAAUUUUACAAUUGCAGAGCUGUUUCAUCCACUAAACGCGGCCAUUUUUUAUAUUUGAGCAGUGGUUCUAACUUCAGAUAUUUAUCUGAACUUGUGAAAUUGACAUUUAUUAUAUGCCAAAGAUAUUUCUUUUAUUUUAUUUUUAUUUAUUAGGGAUUAAAUAUGUAAUUAAUUAUUUAAAAAUAAUGUAGGAUUUUAAGAUGAACUUCAUGAUUCAUAGUAAUUAUCAUAUGUAUUGUAGGCCUGUUUUUUAUUGCUGAAGUAAUGCGCACUGCAUUAAAAAUAAUAUUUAGACAUGUUUGAAAUUUGAAGAAAGCAAGAAGGAAAAUCUAGUGCAAUGCAGCAAUAAAAAAACAAACCUCAUACAUACUAAAUUUUCUGAUAUAGUAUAAACGUUUCUCUUUUAUUACAACAAAUUUUUAUGUUUAAGUACGAUUUAUAAUAAAUAUUUUCUUAAAUUCUUAAUAUACAUACAUGCAUAUAUACUUAUAUCUUGGUUCCUGUGAAAUCUGAAUAUGUAACUAUUAUAUUUAAAAAUCUUACAACAAUGCAAAACUGUUUUUUACAUUGAACGCAGCCAUUUAUGUAUUAUUUUAUUUUAUUUUUCAUUGUUGCAAAUAAAAUAACUUUUUUAUUGAUGUA